UUACAGAAUGACAUUUGCUGUGUCGUGUUGUUGUAUGGCGUCCUCUUUCUGUGUUUAUCUUUAAAAUCAAGUAUUAUUAUUUACAGUUUUUUUUAAAGUUCGUUUAUUACAAAUGUAUUAAGCUAAGUUUACUUUACUUUAUUUGUACGUAGGGACUUUAAAUAAGGAUAGGAAUAUUAAUAGAGAACUGAAUUGUGUUUUGAAAUAUGGACCGAAACAAUAUGAGAUCAAGUUACUUGAACAGUGGAUCAAGAUCACUACCACAUAUGAGUGGGAAUAAACGUCAUAAUGGAAAUGGGCAUAACGGAAAUGGCCAUAGAGAUAACGGCCACAAUGGAAAUGGACACAACAGUGCACGACUAAGUCCACCAGCCCAGACAUCACAGGCCAAUUCACAGCACAACAAUCAGCAUGAAGAUCUCAUUAAUUAUAUAUAUGAAUCUUGGAGUAAGGUGAGACAAGAUAUAAACACAGAAGAGGCGAGAUACUAUCAAGAUCCCAUGGGGACCCGGAAUCUUGCUAACUUCAGACCAUUCAAUCUUGAGGAGUGGUGGGCUCGUCGUCUACUUCAGAGCAUAAACCGCAACAAACAUCGAUCUUAGUUUGCAAAUGACGUUAUAUAUAGGUGACAUAAUUUCUCAUUGUAAUGACCAUAAUGUUAACCUCGGGCAGAUAUUUUUAAAAUAAUACUAGCUUCUUGCUCACUGCUUCAUACGCAUGGAUUUCAGUAGACGGAAACUCAAUGAUAUGGAUCACUUCUAGAUGGCGAAAAAACAUUCAAAAUAACACAUAUACCAGAUUUUAAGUUAAGCCUUCAGAAAUACAACUAUGAAUAUUGCAUCCAAUUUGGUGCAAUAGUUUUUAAGUAAUGUUUGGUGCAAUAGUUUUUAAGUAAUACUGUAACAAACAUACAGACAGACAAAAUUUCUAAAUAUCAUACUUUUGGCUACUCAAUACGGAUUUCUUUUUAAAAUAUCUCCCAUGUAAAGACAUGAUCAAGUUACAGUUUAUAUUGUCAUCAUGGCGUCAUGUAGCCCAUAGCAUUUCCAUAAUUAAGAUAAAUUCAAAACAACUCUUUUACUAAAAGUCAUCAAGCUGUUUAGGAUUACAUUUUGUAUGUUGCAUGCUUACGUAUGUUACAUACAAAAUAUAUGGUUUAGGUAGAACAUAUACCUAAAAAUUAUUAAAUUUCUUUCUUUGGCAAUAUAUUACUGAUUUAUUUUUCUUUAACUUUGUAUGUCUCGUAAUUUUAAAUUUUGUGUUAAUGAUUUGUAGUCACACAAAUUCCAAAAUUUAUAUUUAAAAAAAAUUAUUUAGACCCAUAACGAAAAAUCUUGUAUGAAUAUAUACAUAACUUUAAAUCUUCACUUUGUUAAUCAUUGGAAGUAGGACAACUAAAUUAUAAAGAUAUAUUUUUGAAUUUGAAAAUAAAACCUCAUAAAUCGUAUACCAGUAUACGUUGAAACUCUUUGUUCAGUACACUAUAAAGGGAUAUGUGAAGGUGACGACCGCCCGAAAUUCGUGUCGUUGCGUGUGGAUAAUACUCCUAUUUAUUGUGACAUAAAUUGGACGCUUAUGGGCAUCCAUUAAAAAAGAUUCAUAACAUUUAGUGCCACCAUUUGACCACGGGCCGUUCGACAAAUUAUGUUUCUUUUAUAAAACCCUAUAAUAAAUUAUAUAAAAUACUGCAACUGUAAAUUAUAAAACAUGUUACAACUAUAUCAUGUUGUUGGAUUAUAUAAGAGUUUGUAAACAUAUUCAGAUGUUGGUACUUUGUUACUGAAUCGUAUUUAAACGAUUGACGCUGGAAGGAUUUUAAUGUUUCCUACAUACAUAGACCAUAUCAUAACACGUAGGACUCCUUCCUGUUUCGUGAGGAUCAAACCGCGAGAUUAAGUUAUUAUGUAAAUGGAAAUUUGACUUAUCCAGUUGAAAUUUAUUGGUAUAUUUAAAAUUAUUUUCCAGGGAGGACCUGACUUCGAAAAAGCUAGUAUGUACCUUUAUACAUAGUUGAAUCUUCCACUCCUAGUCCUGAGUUCGGUCCCGGACAAUUCUGAGAUGGGCACGGCUUACCCGACUCCCCCAUCUUAAAUAAGCCUAUGCUGAAAUUAUUGCGCAGAAGUCCCUUAUAUAAUGUAAAUGAGAAUUAAAUUUCCCGAAAUUCAUAUCGGAAUAAUAAUAAUAAUAACUGUCAAACGAAAUUACAUUUAGUUAAAUCUACUAGCCACCGAACUAGGCCGAGCAUGCAUCUCAGUUGAUAGUUAAUUCACAUUUUCAGUACAGGCUCUGCUUACUUUCGGGCCAGAUGGCGCUGUGUUACGAUAUAUAUUAUUUUUAUAUUCGAUACGAUCAGCUUUGCGAUAAUUCUUAGAAGCAUGUUUUGAGCAAUAUUGCAACCUAAUUUGCUUUUUACCAUUACCACGGAAUAUUCGGAUCUAUUUAAAAUAAAAUCUAUUAUCUAUAUGUAGUUAAAAAAUAAACACAAGUUAAAAGAUAAUUUCCACAUUAUUUGCAUAUUUACUGUCGCACGCUAUGUACUAUCGAGAAAUUGAAUGAGACGUUAAAUUUAUUACAAUGAGACAUUUAUAAUCGCCCGUGUGUAUUAUUUUAAUAUUAGUUUCCCUUCAUUAUGUUACUAAAACGGAAGCCCCAAAAUAUGAUCAUUUAGUUCAGCGCAUGAGAAUUAAUUAAUCUUAUAGAAUUCUGUAAUUAUCUAAAAGAGUUUUUAUGGUAUUUUGGAAUUAAAUGUGAUUGGUGAGUCGUAUGUGAAUCAACGAAAAAAAAUAAAUAUUACUGCAAUAAAAUAAAUAGUUAAUAUAAGAAUUUAAUCCACUUGCAUCCUCAAAGAGUAUUAAAAAAAAGUUUCAAAAUGAUUAAAAGAAAGUGUUUAAUUUGUUGUUUUCAGUUGACAUAAAGUAGGGAAACGAUUUAUGUACCUAUAAAAUUGUUUUUCGAAAUAACGCAAAACUUAAGAUGUGUAAAUAAGUUAGUGUGAAAUUCAACUUUUUAUUUAUCUCAUAAGGUUUUUUUUUUAUAAACAUGACUUGUUAUGCUUUUAGACUCAGUGUGAUUUUUUUUACUUUAAACUGUUACGAUUCGCUAUGAAGUCUGCUACUCUUAAAAUAAUUUAGAUAUUGGCAACAUAGAAUUACACGUGAGAUUGUUUGAUGUUUUUUUAUGUGUGAACAUUACACGCCAAUACUUUUUUGUAGUUGACUUCAUAAUGUAUCGUUUUAAAAAUAAUUAUCUACAUUCCAUAAACUGUAUUCUGUAUUUGAAAUUACUGUAAAAAAAGAUUAGAUUUUAAGUGAUGCAGCGUUGCCUGAUUUGAAUAAAACAUUUUUAAUAUA